AAUAUUUAAAAAAUAUUUAUUUUAUUAUUCGUAAUUUUAUUCUUUUAAAAUAACUAAUUUUGUUAAUAUAUAUCUUAUAUAAUUUCUAUUUAAUAUGUAUAUUUUGUACAUAAUUUCUCAUGUUGUAUUUAACAUACUCUGUUUUGAAUGACUUUGGACGUAUCAAUAUCUUAAGUCUUAACUAGCAUACCCUGGACAUAAGAAUGGCACAAACAAGACGAGUGCCAGUCUUUGGUUCACGGCCACCUUGUGCAUACCAAUCUCGACUUGAUGAACGUAGUUUACAAUUACGUAUGACUAGAAUGGAACGGAACAGAAAAUCAGAUAAACCGGAAGAUUUUGUUUGCUAUGAAGACUCAGACGAAGAAGAAGAGAGUACUAUGUCAUUGUGUACUAUGCUAAACUCUUCAUAUAAUUUUGUAGAUUAUAUAAGAAAUCGAGAAUAUGGAAUGCGAGAGUAUCGUUCAAUAAAUCAAAAUCAUGGUACAAGGCAUAUACUCACACAUGACUUGUUCAAAGAACAGUCUAUACCGUUAAAAACUAUGAAUAAAGUUUUUUGUUCACAAUGGCUUAGCAGUAAACAAAUUGUCUUUGGUACAAAAUGUAAUAAAUUAAUGGUUUAUAAUGUAAAAUCACAUGAACUGGAUCAAAUACCAUCGAUAAAAGGACGUAUAGAUGAAGCAGCUGAUCAACAAAGUGGUAUACAUUCAUUAAAAAUUAACCCCUCCAGAACAUUAUUGGCCACAGGAGCAUAUAACUCUAAUGAAAUAGCUGUAUAUAGAUUGCCAACAUUAGAUCCAAUUGUUUUAGCCGAAGGUGCUCAUAAAGAUUGGAUAUUCGACAUUGAGUGGUUGGAUGAUGAGUUUUUUGUUAGUGGAUCACGAGACACCAAACUUGCAUUAUGGCAAGUUCAAGAUAAAUAUCAAGAAAAGUAUGAUUCUGACGGUGACCUUAUACAACCAAUUACUCAAUUUCUAAACCCUGCAGUUAUAAGAAGCUGCAAAACAGCACAAAAAGUCCGAGCAAUCACAUUUAAUAAGAAUCUAAAAGAAAUGGUUACGUUGUCACUAAAUGGAUAUGUUCAUGUUUGGGAUGUUGAACGUUUUAGACAAAAGUUUUCAAGAAGAUUAUCAUCUUGUCAGGACAAUGUUUGCAUGGCAAUGAAAAAUGAUAGUAGUUUAUAUGCUGUUGGAUGUCGUUCAUAUACACUAUUACUUGAUUCAAGAACUCUACAUACCAUAAAAAAAAUCCCUGCUAGAUAUAGUGGAUGUGGAAUUAGGUCUUUAAGUUUCCAAGAUAAUGUAAUUACAAUUGGAACAGGUGUUGGUGUUAUAAUGUUCUAUGAUAUACGGGCAGGAAAGUACUUAGAAUCCAGUAUUAAUUCCAGUAGAGCAGUUGUUUUAAAAACAAGCAGAGGUUAUGUUUACCCUGAUGAAGAUUUCAUGGUGGACCAAGGAUUUCAACAAGUCAAAUAUACACCAGCAAUUUAUACACAUUGCUAUGAUUAUUCAGGAACAAGAUUAUUUUCUGCAGGUGGACCAUUACCAGCUAAUUUAUGUGGCAAUUAUGCUGGCUUAUGGCAAUAAUAUUGUUACAAUUUAUUGUUUAAAUAUUAUUUGUAGUAUUCUUAUACUACAUACACUAUUUUUACCUACAAUGGAUAAAAUAUCAAUAUUUUGUGAGUGGCAUUCCUUGAGUCAUUAAAAACUUUAUGCAAAAUAUUGAACUAUAUAAUUGUACAAGCAAAUUAAUUGUGCUUUGUGAUAAUUAAUAUUUUAUCUUAUUUGAUUUUGAGAUUUGAACAUGAAACAUUGAGUUUUUAUAAAGUAUAUCAUGUUCUAGGAGUAAGAACUAAGACUAUACUUGGCUGGAAUGAGUGUUUUUAUCUAGUGAUUUUAUUGAAUUAAUCAUCUUCACAAUUAAUGUAAAAAUAAUUAUUAAUGUAUAGCAAUUGAAUACUAUAGUUAAAGGAACAUUCAUUUUUCUUGUAUUAAAAUAAUCAACUACUACAUUUCUUUUUGGUAUGAUUUUUAAUAAUAUUUCAAAUAAUAAUUAACAACCUUAGAAACAGAAAACAAUAUUCAUUAUUAAAGUAUUAAUAUAUUUCUUAAUGCAUCAGAUAAAAUUUGUAGAAAUAAUUUAUUAAAUUCAAAAAUAUAAAUGAAAUGUUUUAAUUUUUUUUAUUGUAUGUGCAGAUAAUUUAUGUGUUAAAAUAAUUAAGUAAAUAUUGGUUUUAUAUAUAAUAUAUAAUAACUAUUAUUAAUUUAAUAUUGAAUCAAUUUUUAUAUCAUGUAACGCCAAAUUCGUGAAAUCAACAACGCUAACAUUGUUAUAUGAAAUCAAAAAUUAUUUGACAACAAGUCGACCAACUUCACAAAAUUAUCAAAAAUUGCUGUUUCAUGAUUUGGAUACUUUUUUGUGAAAUACAUGAAGUAGGAAUUGUAUUAUUUGGUGAUACUGUAGUUCUAUAGAUGAUAGUUAUUAAUUCAAGAUAACUAAAUAAAUGAAAAAAUCAGUCAAGAAAUGCCAUGCUAAAACUUACUUUUAAUAUAAAUAAUCAAAUAAAAAUUAUUACUAUUGUUUGAUGUUUAA